UGUGCGAUUUACCGCACAACAACAAACGUUUUAUUAUUACAUAUCUUUUUUAAAAAUACUUUGUAACAUUGCCAAAAUGGAUAGAUCGAGUAGCUGGAAUAUAAUAUCAAAAAGUAUCAAUUCGCCAAGACGCCGAUUGUCUUUGGUACAAUCUUUGAAAAAAGCCAGCUCUGGAAUCAGCCUUUCUGGAAGAUCAAAUCAGUCAAUACAAGUGGUAUGUCGAACAGCAAACCAUAUUGUAGAAAAUUUUGGUUCAUCACUACCAGUCUUAGUCACUGAAGCACUUACAUUCAUAGAACGCAAUGCAAUGGUCAGUGUCAAUGUUUCUCCGGAUGGUUGGGCAUGGCUUGUUUGUGGUAGAAGAUUACUUGUUUGGCAGUGCAAAACUACAAUACCUGAUCCAAAACAAAGGAGAAUAUUCAAAAGCCAGUGCAGAGAACUACUGCUUCCACAGAGUGAUUUGGCUCACAAAGCUGAAUGUAUCGCUGUGUGGCUCCCACCUGGGCAACAAGUGCCAUGUUGCAUGGCAGUUUCACCAGAAGGUGUUGUCCGCUACUGGGGUAGUAUAGCAAACGAAGAAUUAUCAGUAGAAACUAUUGCAGAAUUAGCAGGUCAAGAAGUCAACUGUUUGACUUAUGUACCUAGUGUUGGAUGUAUUCUGGCAACAACUACUUGUACUGUUGCACUUUUGCAACCACAAAACACGGGUGGCAGAUGUAGUGUUAUUUGCAGAGUACUUAGAACAAGUCAAGGAUGGCUUGGUGGUAUCGGUAGAAGAAUGUCUUCACUCAUAUUUGGUUCUAUUCCACAGUCACCUGUUCUUGAGACAAAACUCGUAAAAGUAGUGCAUACUGGAGCAAAUGAUAGAGGCUCAAAAGCUCUAAUCCUUGCUGGAAACUCACUUCAGCUCUGGUCUUUUCCAUUUGGAGAGCAAGAGAAAAUGGAGUUCGAUGAAGACAUUGGAAAUAUUGUAAUACAGGCUUUUCAAAGAAGAUCAUGGGAAUCAGGAGCAUGCAAUCCUCAAAAUUUAACUACCUGGCUGAUAGACAUACAGCCUGUCGACGAAGGCAUUGUCAUCCUCAUGGCUGCACAAUGCUCAGACGUCUCGCCGCAGCUCCAUUUUGCCGUUGGUUUAUUACCGCUGUCAGGUACAGCUCUGACGACCUCAUUCAAAUGGUUCAUCCCUAUCAAGACAGGACCCGUGUAUGCUAUGAAUGAAGUGGAAACGUUCAUUCACUCAUUCCACUUUAUCAUGUCCGGCUGGGAGAUUAUUAUGUAUGAUGACCAUGAUGUCAUUGUUAUUAGUAACUUGUCGGAGUAUGAACAGGAAAAAGUAGAUUUAACACGUGGAAGAGAAGAUACCAUUCUUGGCGGCGCAUUAUGUUCUGGAACUCCAGUGCUAUUUACAAAGAAUUUGGGUCUUGUUUCAAUUACUUCGACUGACUUUGGUAGUCAAGAUUUCAAUCAGAGUUAUUCAGAUGUAAAUUUGAGUAUGGAUUAUGGACAAAGUAACGGUAGUAUGAUGCAGGAGCAUUUUACGACAUUGAUAACUAACGAGGAAAUUAAUAAUAUGUUCUACAGCUCUGACGCUGUCAAACAGUUACAAGCUGCUUUUCUUCUGAGUAUUCGACAGAAUAAAGAACAAUGUGAUGAAAUUUUAUCAGGGCUUUUUCCAAUGCAAGAAGAACCAAUUUUAGAUAUUGACGCCUCACUGGAUACUUUAGUUUUAGCUGUAGCAAAACACAUGAUUGAUGACUAUCCUGCUAAUGAUCCUAGGUGGUCGAAUUACAGAGACUUAACGUUUACAUUGAAUGCUGUAUUAACUAUGCAGAUUCCUCAUCAACUUGAGGGAAAACAGAAAUCCAUGGACCUUUUUGUAUCAUUCUUAAAAGAACAUAACUUAUGGAAUCGAUUCUCUGCAGUUACGUAUAGGAGUAUCAUAAUGUCCACAUCACAUGUUCUUAGUGAAUUUACAGAAAAAAUCGUUGCAAUGCUUGCAAUUUAUAACCUUCAGCAACGAUAUACGGAAAUCAUAGAUACAGCUAUCGAUCGAACUUUACAACCUGAAGCUUUCGUAUCCGAAGAUCUUACUGCCAAUGAUAUUUUCUACAGACAAGUAAGCGAAGUUCAUCAUUUCUUGCCAAAUUUAGUACAAAUCGCUGUUGAGCAGACGCAAUCUGAGAGACCUACUCAACAACUCGCACAGUAUAUUUUACAAGUCAACUCAGUUGUACUGGGUGUCCUCCAUGAAGUUGUCAAAUAUCGUCAAUACAACGCAGAAAAGUACGUUCCACCUAAAAUAUGUGCUGUAACUGAGUAUUUACCUUGGACUGCUGCCACUGGAAAGUAUGGUUUGAAAACUUGCUUGACAACAAUGCAAAACCUAACAUUAGAACAUGGUGUAAAUAGCACAAUUGAUGCGAACGUGCGGAAUGAAUUGUAUGAACAGCUGGUGAGUUUGAUUGAUCUCAUAUUGGAUGGAAGGAAAUGUCACUUGGAAAGUAUUCGCGGUACUGAGAAAUUUGAGAUACUUUUGAAACAAUACGAGGCGGAACGAGCAAGUUUGAUUCAUCCUUUGAUUAAAGAGCAACAGUAUGAAAAUGCAGCAAUGCUCGCUGAGAAGUAUUGUGAUUUUGGUUCAUUAAUUCAAAUUUGUGAAAAAACAAACAACAAAGGCCGUCUUGACAAUUAUAUGGAACGCUUUGCUAGUCAAGACUUUGCAGGAUUUUUAUUCUCCUGGUACGUAAAAGAUGGACGUCAAGGACAACUAUUAGCAAGAUGUCGAAGAGGCGGUGCCAACGAGCUAACAGAAAAAGUUUUGCAACAUCCUGUUUUGUCUUGGGUACAAGCUGGUUUAUCAGAUGAAUAUAGCGUCUCUGCAAGAACUCUGCAAUCGUUGGCUGCCGAAGAAACUGAACUUGUCACUCGCAAAAAGUCAAUGCUUUCUAUGGCAAAACUGGCAUACCUAGCUUCAGACGAGCCCGAAGAUAAAAUCCAAGCCAGUAUUUUUGAAAUUGACAGGGAGCUCAAUCUUAUAGCACAUCAAGAAGACGUUCCAAUUUCUGUACUAGAAAUUUAUGGUUAUGACGUGGAAAAAUUGCGUGUACUUAGUCCUUCUGAACUCAUAAAUCUGUACACAUGUAUUGAGAGUCCGAUUUCCAACGAGUAUGACUUUAAAAAGGCGCUUGACUUGUUAGAAUUCGUCGAACAAGAUGAUGAGAGAAAUUCUUUAAAAUCGAAAAUCUGGGCACGUGCAGCAAAAUGUGAUAAAUGGGAUACAGUCACGAAAAAUCCAGAACAACAAAUACAGAAUACGAUAUUUUUCAAACUUAUGGAUCUCGUUCACAUAAUGGGUAAUAAAGUUGAGGACGUGCUGCCACCAGUGGAAGCAGUACUCUCGGAAUCAGAGCUCGGUAUUCUCGGCUCAUCAAGUAACUUCCAAUAUCUUAUAAAAUUGGUGUAUGAAUACGCUUAUAAUAAUUAUUGAUUACCUAGUAUUAACGGCAUAAGAAAAUAAGACAUUGUUGUAUAAACGAUUAAUUUUAUAUGUUAGAUAAUAAAUUAUACAUUUUUCAAAACUUAGUUUUUUUGUUUACGUAAAUAAAAAAUAAUUUAGUUUAGUACGUA